CUGAUAUCUCGUAGAGGCUGGGCCAAAGCAUAAGAAAAGCGCCAUCCGCUUUCGGUAUCCGCUUCGGAAGAGUCGGCAAUCCUCCCCCUCUGACAGUGACACAGCAACAAACAGAACGUUUCAACUUUCAAGGGCAUGGCUUCCGUCAAUUGCACCUUUUCCGAGCAUUCUUUUCCCCUUGAAGUUGCAGAUUGGAAGCUGCACCCUGCAGGCUUCGACCCAAGCAUUGAUACAAGAGCUUUUGUAUCGCCGGACCCAGGUCCAUUCCUUGGCAGGGUCAGCCACAAAAUAUCUUUCGAGGGGAAUCUUGCAAGGAGGUGGCUGCUGCCCCUCUUUAAUCCAAAGUCCUCUCUACAACCAUUCUCAAUUGACAGCUUCCUCCUCUCGAACACCCUUGAACCUGACGGAUAGCGCUAUACUCUCAACCAGCUUGGAGUAGACGUUUGGCAAGUCACUGGCUUGGUUGUCAUAUGGCAGCUUGCAUAACUGUGACAUACAGGACUAUGGACUCUCGGUUCAGCAGCGACGCUAGAGACUCUGCUCGACCAACGCAGCGGCGAAAAUUGACAAUACAAGUUGACGAUAGCAGUGACAUGGAGUGCGACCAUCAAGCAAGUACUUCCCAGAACUCUCCAGCGGGAGUGCUCCGACCCGCUUCCACCCCAGAGGCAGUGCGGAUUGCAUCGACCUGGGCGAAAGGCGACGGCGAAGAGCUGCGGACCUUCUAUGAAGCGUCGAGGAGGAGGGUUCUGUGGGCAUUCUUAGAGGCCCAGCAGGCGGUUGAGAUUGCGAGAAUGAUCAAGGGGAGCGAUAGCGAAAAGGGGGGCGAUCCACGAAAAGCAGGCGACUCGAUGGAGGCUUGUAGGAGGGCCGAGACCCUCAGGGCAGAGGUGGUUGAGAGCAACGACGAGCUUGGGAGGAGCCAGCAAAGUAGGAGUCACUUUUGUGGAUGGUCAAACCGAUGGAGCAAGUCGGAUUCCAAGAUUCAUUCUGUAAAUAAGUAGAGUCGUCGGCGUGUCACUCUAGCUAGGUCUCAGAGACAAAGAGAGUCUACUGUAGUGUCACACGAGUUGCAUCAGUUGUCCGUACGAAGACCGAAGGGAGGUAAGGAGCAACAGCUUGCACGAGAAAUCAACGCAGUAGGCUAUCACGAUCAGCGAUAGCUUUGUAAGAAAGCUGUGCGCAAUUGCCUUUAGUAUCAGAGCAUCAACGGAUAUGUACAAAGUGGUUGUCUAGUCUCAGUUGAAUUUACAUUGACAAUGACAAGUUCAGGACCUACAGGAAUAUACAGAGAUCAACUUGCUCUUGCAUAACCUUGUUAGAUAAACGGUCCACUCGUGACAUUGAUUUCCUAAAUUGCAUUGAGCUGCAUCACGGUCAUAUGAAU